AUGAGCCAUUUAAAGAAGAUAUAUAUGCUAAAGCGUGAAAGAGAAGAGGCCAUAUUUAGCUCCCCGAAGACACCGUCAAAGAAGAUUCCAUAUAAAGAUAUAUUUAUAUCAUCAGUGCCUUUUGCAGCAGAUACUCGAGAUUCCUCUCUAAUCAAUGAGGGCUCUACCCUUGAUGAUGUAUUUACAUGCACAGACAAUGUGGCAUCUGGGCCAGAUAAGGAGAGCAUGUGCAACUUUGUCUGUAAGACUGGGGAGGGGGCGUUUUAUGAGGUGUUUGUGAACAGAAAAGAUGGCAGGAGAGAGGCAGGUCAUAUACUAGAGGAGCCUGUGAUGCUCUACAAGAGUAGAAAGCUUUGUGUCUAUGACGCUGAUUAUACGGUUGUCAAAAAAAGUAAGAAGAGGAUUUCUGGGGAGCUUGACAGGAAAAGCAGGAUGAGGGAAAUAGAGAUGCUUAAAAGAGUCGGUUCCGACCAUGUGGUUAGAUAUUAUGACUUUUGGGAAAGCCGAGGAUAUUUGUUCAUAGAGUUAGAAUAUUGCAAUAUCGGAACACUAAGAGAUUACAUCCAUGAAGUAUACUUUCUCAGGAAGUCUAAGUUUUCGCCUGAGAUAACAAGAAAGAUGAUGUAUGAGCUAGCAAAGGGGUUAGAGGCAAUCCACUCAUGCAACAUUGUUCACCUCGAUCUAAAGCCAGAGAAUAUCCUUAUGAAAAGUAUUGUUUCCAAGGAGAAAUGCUCUGGCAGGUGUCAAUGCAUGUUUCCAACAGACCCUGGGUCAUUUGUAUUCAAGAUUUCUGACUUCAACAUAAGUAGAUAUGAAGGAGAGGAUAUAGAUGAGGAUGGGGACAAGCGGUAUAUGGCGCCAGAAGUGCUGAGGGAUGUGUGCACAAAGGCUAGUGACAUAUACAGCCUUGGAUUGAUCUAUUUGGAAAUUAUUGCAGAGAUCAUUCUUCCAAAGAGUGGGGAUAAUUGGGUGAGGCUGAGAAGAAAUGACUUUAGAGGAGUCAAGCUUGAUCGAGUAUGUAAGUUAAUGCUUGACAUGAAUUACAAGAAAAGGCUCAAUGCCAAGGAGAUUAUUGAUAUAUUUACCUAG